AUGAAACCUCAAAGAUCGUAUCAUAAAGGUGCAAGAGUGCUGGUUGCCAACGGCAGUAUCAUGAACAUUGAACAGUCUUCCGGUACUUUAGCUGGUAAACCCAUAUUGGAAAGAUCUCCGAAGAGAGGAGAGAGUUUCAAGAUCAAGAAAUCUAAACGUUUUGACGCUUCGGAGCCAAGCUAUUCCAGAUUGGAGAGUCCUGAUAAGACCCAGGGAAUGUUGUCGAGCUCUCAUUUUGACAGCAACGUGGCGCAGCGGAAUUCUUCUUACACGAACAACAGGAGCUACGGUCAGCCUGCUCCUGGUGCUAGCGCUCAAUAUACUCUGAUGAACUAUGCGAACAAUUUCAACCAGCUCAACUCAGGCAAUACUUUUGGCGCACCAACACCAGUCUCGCAAGCGACCAAACCGCUAGACACAUGUAAUACGGAAAUGAAUCAUAUAUUCGAUGACUUUGAACAGUUCAGCUUCCAGACUUUUCCGUCCUACUUCAACCCACGUUCUGCCACCAACAUGCCCCACCAAGAGAAGGUAAGCAAAUGGAUUGAAAAUGUGCCCACUUUUGUCGCAUCCAGUGGGCAUUGGCAGUCGGACUGCUACGGUGUGGAAUUUGACCUGGACUGGGAGGAGCAGGAAUUUGAUUUCGCAACUUCAGAUCAGCACGACGACCCCAUCAUGACGAAAAUCUCCUUCAACACUGCCGAUGAGAUCCUCCACUUACAAUCCAAGCGGCUGGACACUCUAGUUCGAAAGCUUUAUGAUCUAACUCCAGAAAUACCUCUGAAUUUGGCCGGAAAACGACGUUAG